ACCACCACGCGCAAAAAAAAGAACUUUGAACAUUUUGGUGACGCAACGUCAUCGUGUUGCUGACCUGUUUUUGGAAAAUUUGGUCAAUUUUGUACAUGAGAAAAUAUGGCGCCUAGCAAAUAAACAAAGGUAGCCAUUUUGAGGCAUUUACAAGUCCUGGCCAGAUGAUUUUCGGUCAUUCCAGGGUCACUUCCAGUUCAUUUUAGGGCAAUCCGAGUCACUUCCUGUAAAUUUUGGGUCAUUUCCUGUUCAUUUUAAGGCAUUCCAGGCUCAGUUCCUGCUGAUGUUUGGGUAACUUUCUGUUGAAUUUGGGACCUUUCCAGAUCACUUCCUGCUAACGUUGAGGGCAUUCCAAGGACACUUCCUGCUGAUUUUGGGUCAUUAUAGGGUCACUUCCUGUUCAUUUUUGGUGACUUUUAAAUCCUAUACAUUUUGGAUCACUUCCUGUUCAUUUUAGGGCAUUCCAAGGUCACUUCCUGUACAUUUUGGGGCAUUCCAGGGUCACUUCCUCUGCACUUUGGAUCACUUCCUGUUCAUUUUAGGACAUUUCAAGGUCACUUCCUGUUUAUUUGGGGGCAUUUCCAGGUCACUUCCAAUACAUUUUGGGUCACUUCCAGUUCAUUUUAAGGCAUUCCAGGCUCUGUUCCUGUUGAUUUUGGGGCAUUCCAAGGUCACUUCCUGUUGAUUUUGGAGCAAUCUAAGGACGUUUUUUUUUUUGGGGGGGGGUCAAAAGUCAUGACAAUUUUUCUAUCCCAUCUAGCCUCUCCCUCUACUCCAAGGUACUUAUUUGGUCUAACUUGUUAAAUCUCUACAAAAGUACCUAUAUGACAGAAGUACCUGUAUGAAUGAAUACAUGACUAAUAACUCCCAUACACUGCUAGCUAAAAGUAUUGGCACCCUUUGAAAAAUCAUGUGAUGCUUCUCUAAUUUGUGUCAUUAACAGCACCUGUUACUUACAUGUGGCACAUAAUAGGUGGUGGCCAUCACUAAAUUACGCUUGCAGCCAGUUAAAAUGGAUUAAAGUUGACUUAACCUGUGUCCUUGUGUGUACCACAUUGGGCAUGGAGAAAAGAAAGGAGACCAAAGAACUGUCCUAGGACUUGAGAAGCAAAAAUUGUGGGGAAGCAUGGGCAAUCUCAAGGCUACAAGUCCAUCUCCAAAGACCUGAAUGUUACUGUGUCUACCGUGCGCAGUGUCAUCAUUAAGUGUAAAGCCCAUGGCACUGUGGCUAAUCUACCUAGAUGUGGACAGAAAAGAAAAAUUGACGAGAGAUUGUGCGGAUGGUGGAUAAAAAACCUCGACUAACAUCCAAACAAGUUCAAGCUGUCCUGCAGUCCGAGGGUACAACAGUGUCAACCCUUACUACUCGUCUGCGUCUGAAUGAAAAGGGACUCUACCCAGGAAGAACCCACUAGUGACCCAGAGCCAGGCUGGAGUUAACCAAAACUUACCUGAGAAAGCCAAAAACGUUUUGGAAACAGAGUUUGCAGGGAAAAAACGAGGCCUUCAAAGAAAAGAAGACUGUCCCCACAGUCAAACAUGAUGGAAGUUCCCUGCUGUUUUGGGGUUGCUUUGCUCCCUCUGGCACUGGACUGCUUCAUCGUGUGCAUCGCAUUAUGAAGUCUGAAGACAAAUUUUUCAGUAUACUGUAGAGCCCAGUGUGAGAAAGCUGGGUCUCCCUCAGAGGUCAUGGGUGUUCCAGCAGGACAAUGACCCAAAACACGCUAGAAAAUGGUUUGAGAGAAAGCACUGGAGACUUCUAAAGUGGCCAGACCUGAAUCCCAUAGAACACCUGUGGAGAGAUCUGAAAAUGGCAGACCUGGCGCAGUUGGCCAAAGAAGAAAGGUCUAAAAUUUCAGCAGAAACUCAUGGAUAGAUACUGGAAGCAGUUGUUGCCAGUUAUUUUGUCUAAAGCUUGUGCUACCAAAUAUUAGCCUGAGGGUGCCAAUACUGUUGUCUGGCCCACUUUUGGACUUUUGUGUAAAAUGAUCAUUUUUCAUUCUCUUAUGUGUUUCUUCAUUACAAGCACAAUACAGUAAAUGAAUAUAUUACUACCAAAGCUUUUGUAAUUGCACUCAUUUUCUGGGAGAAAUGGAUGAAUCCUAACCCUAAUCUGACAGAAUUGCAGGAAUGCUAAUACUUUUGGCCAGCACUGUAUGCAUGACGUAGCCUUUUAUUCUCAGUCAAAGCAAUCAUGCAUUCACAUUCUGAUUUGUUUGAACAUGCACCAUUUGGUGUCAUAAAAGCAAGUUAUCUUAGUCCUUUGAAGAGCACAAAGGUGUAUCAUGAUCCCCCCUUAGUCAACUCAAAAAAUAUCCGCGAUCUCCAAAGUUCCAUGGCCAUAGGUGAGGGUAGGAACGUACAUUGACCGGUAAAUCGAGAGCCUUACCUUCUGGCUCAGCUCCCUCUUCACCACAACAGACUGGUUAAGCGCCCGCAACACUGCGGACACCGCCUCAAUCCGCCUGUCAAUCUCACGCUCCGACCUACCCUCACUUGUGAACAAGAUCCUGAGAUACUUAAACUCCUCCACAUGGGGCAGGAACUCACCCCUGAUCUGGAGCGAGCAAUCCACCCUUUUCCGACUAAGAACCAUGGCCUCAGACUUGGAGGUGCUGAUUCUCAUCCCAGCCGCUUCACACUCGGCUGUGAACUGUCCCAUCGAGAGCUGGAGGUCGCCAGAAGGACCACAUCAUCUGCAAAAAGCAAAGAUGAGAUCCUCCCGCCACCCAACUCGACCCCCUCCACCACCCGGCUGCGCCUAGAAAUUCUGUCCAUGAAAGUCACAAACAGAACCCCCCCUAGCAGAGGUCCAUCCACCCCAUACUCUAGGAAUACCCCCCACAGGGUCCCCCAUAAGCCUUCUCCAAAACCACAAAACACAUUUGGACUGGAAUGGCAAACUCCCAUGCCCCCUCAAGCACCCUCGCGAGGGUAAAGAGCUGGUCCGUGGUUCCCCGGCCAGGACGAAAACCACAUUGUUCCUCCUCGAUCUGAGGUUCAACUAUCUAACGGACCCUCCUUUCCAGUACCCUGGCGUAGACUUUCCUGGGGAGGCUGAGGAGUGUGAUCCCUCGAUAGUUGGAACACACCCUAUGGUCCCCUUUCUUAAAAAUUGGGACCACCACCCCGGUUUGCCAUUCCAAAGGCACUGGCCCCGAUGACCACGCAACCAAGACAGCCCUGCAACAUCCAAAGCCUUGAGGUACCCAGGGCGGACAUCAUCAAUCCCCAGAGCUCCGCCACCGCGGAGUAAUUUCACUACCUCGGCGACUUCUGCCCCAGUGAUUGACCCGACCAACCCCGGGUCCCACGCCUCUUUUACCUCCAUGAUAUGUGUGUUGGUGGGAUUAAGGAGGUCCUCAAAAAAAAAAUUAUAUGCGCUUUCAAUGAACUUUGCUAUGAAUUUCUCACAGGGCUAUUUUAAACUUGGAUAUAAAUAUCAGCCUUUGAACUUGAAUAUGAUGGAGUUUCUUUCCAUAGGAGUGCACUUCCACAAAGAUGUUUAUUGUUCAAAAGCUCACGGAGAAAACAUUUACACAUAUUUGUUUGCCUAUGUUUUACAGUGUCUUAUACUGCAGGCAUUUAUUGAAUUGCAUCCUUUGUUUUAGGAAGUAUUUCUACAAGUUUGCUAUGUGCGCUUGGCUUCCCCUAGUGGUGACUUACUGGAAGCAGCAGGCAAAAAGAACAUUACUUUAGUUGGAAAGGAAUCCUUGAAGUGUACAGACGCUAUACACCUCCUCUGCACUACACAUCGUCGGGAAUCUUUGAUAAAACAAAAUCUUCCACAGAUGAGGAAGAGUUCGCGCACCGCCGAAGACCGGGUGCCCAAACGCAGGAAGAAAACUGCGGCGGGGGAGGCCAGUCGCCGCGCCGCCGAGGACCGGGCGCCCAAACGUAGGAAGAAAACUGCGGCGGGUGAGGCCAGUCGCCGCGCCGUCGAGGACCGGGCGCCCAAACGUAGGAAGAAAACUGCGGCGGGUGAGGUCAGUCGCCGCGCCGUCGAGGACCGGGCGCCCAAACGGAGGGAGAAAACUGCGGCGGGGGAGGCCAGUCGCCGCGCCGCUGAAGACCGGGCGCCCAAACGUGGGAAGAAAAUUGCGGCGGGGCAGGCCAGUCGCCGCGCCGUUGAGGACCGGGUGCCCAAACGUAGGAAGAAAACUGCAGCGGGGGAGGCCAGUCGCCGCGCCGUCGAGGACCUGGUGCCCAAACGUAGGAAGAAAACUAUGGCGGGGGAGGCCAGUCGCCACGCCGCUGAAGACCGGGUGCCCAAACGUAGGAAGAAAACUGCGGCGGGGCAGGCCAGUCGCCGCGCCAUCGAAGACCGGGUGCCCAAACGUAGGAAGAAAACUGCAGCGGGGGAGACCAGUCGCCGUGCCGCCGAGGCCCAGGCGCCCAAAUGCAGGAAGAAAAUUACAUUUGUGGGGACCAUUCACUGCGGCCGCGCCGCUGAGGCCCGGGCGCCCAAACGCAGGAGGAAAACUGCGGCGGGGGAGGCCAGUCACAGUGCCGCCGAGGACCGGGCACCCAAACGCAGGAAGAAAACUGCAGCGGCCAGUCGCCUCCCAUCACAGGACACCUCCUCUGCAGGCGCCACACAGGAAGUGGUCAUCGAUGAUGACGCGGCGCAGCUGGAGGAAGACGAAGCGUUAGCGCAGCGCCUGCAGGCGCAGUUUGACCAAGAGGAGGUGGAGUCUCAUCAUCAUCUUCAUUUCGGGGGGUCACUUCCUGUUGACAUCGUGUCACUUCCUGUUGAUUUGCGGACAUUUUGAGGUCACUUCCUAUUGAUUUGGGGGGAUUUCAGGGUCACUUCCUGUUGACAUCAUGUCACUUCCUGUUGACUGGGGGGCAUUUUGAGGUCACUUCCUCUUGAUUUUGGGGAAUUUUGAGGUCACUUCCUGUUGCUUUGGGGGUAUUUCGGGAUCACGUUCUGUUCAUAUUGGGUCACUUCCUGUUUUGGGGCAUUUCCUAUUGCUAUCGGGUUACGUCUGGUUUAUUUGUGAUCAUUUGGAGGUCACUUCCUGUUCAUUUGGGAGGAUUUCAAGGUUACUUCCCAUUUUCACAUCACUUCCUGUUGGUUUCGGGGAAUUUCCUAUCGAUAUCGGGUUACGUCCUGUUUAUUUGGGAUAAUUUGGAGGUCACUUCCUGUUGAUGUCGUGGGUAUUUUGGGGUCACUUCCUGUUGACGUCAUGUUACUUCCUGUUGAUUUGGGGCAUUUCGGGUUAACUUUCUGUUCAUAUUGGGUCACUUCCUGUUGAUUUUGUGGCAUUUCUGGGUCACUUCCUUUUGACAUCCUGUCACUUCCUGUUGAUUUGGGGGUACUUUGAGGUCACUUCCUGUUGAUUUGGGGGUAUUUCAGGGUCACUUUCAGUUGAUUUGGGGCAUUUCAUGGUCACUUCCUGUUGACAUCAUGUCCCUUUCUGUUGAUUUGGGGCAUUUCAGGGUCACUUCCCGUUGACAUCGUGUCACUUCCUGUUGAUUUGGGGGAAUUUCGACAUCACUUCCUGUUGUUUUGGGGGUAUUUCGGGGUCACUUCCUGUUGACAUCGUGUCACUUCCUGUUUAUUGGGGCAUUCCAGGGCCACUUCCUGUUGACAUUGUGUCACUUCCUGUUGAUUUGGGGGAAUUUUGAGGUCACUUCCUGUUGUUUUGGGGUUAUUUUGGGGUCAAAUCCUGUUGACAUCAUAUCACUUCCUGUUGAUUUGGGCCAUUUCGGGUUCACUUUCUGAUCAUAUUGGGUGACUUCCUGUUGAUUUUGGGCAAUUUCGGUUUCACUUUCUGUUCAUAUUGGGUCACUUCCUGAUAAAUUUUGGGGAAUUUCCAGGUCACUUCCUGUUGACAUCAUGUCACUUCCUGUUGAUUAUGGGGAAUUUCGGGUUCACUUUCUGUUCAUAUUGGGUCACUUCCUGUUGACAUCGUGUCACGUCCUGUUGAUUUGGGGGAAUUUUGAGGUCACUUCCUGUUGUUUUGGGCUAUUUCAGGGUCCCUUUCUGUCCAUAUUGGGUCACUUCCUGUUAAUUUUGGGGAAUUCCCGGGUCACUUCCUGUUUACUUCGUGACACUUCCUGUUGAUUUUGGUUUCGAGGCAUUUCCUAUUGAGAUUGGGUCACUUCCUUUUUAUUGGAGGGCUUUUGGAAGACACUUCCUGUUGAUUGCGGGGCAUUCCAGGGUCACUUCCUAUUGACAUCGUGUCACUCCCUGUUGAUUUGGGGAAUUUUGGGGUCACUUCCCGUUGACAUCGUGUGACUUCCUUUUGAUUUGGGGGUAUUUUAGGGUCACUUCCUGUUGAUUCGGGGCAUUUCGGUUUCACUUUCUGUUCAUAUUGGGUCACUUCCUGUUGACUUUGUGGCAUUUCAGGGUCACUUCCUGUUGACAUCCUGUCACUUGCUUUUGAUUUGGGGCAAUUUGAGGUCACUUCCAGUUGCUUUGGGGAUAUUUCAGGGUCACUUCCUGUUGAUUUGGGGCAUUUCGGUUCACUUUCUGUUCAAAUUGUGUCACUUCCUGUGGAUUUUUGUGAAUUUCAGGAUCACUUCCUGUUGACAUUGUGUCACUUCCAGUUGAUUUGGGGGAAUUUUGAGGUCACUCCCUGUUGCUUUGGGGCUAUUUCAGGGUCCUUUUCUGUACAUAUUGGGUCACUUCUUGUUAAUUUUGGGGAAUUUCCGGGUCACUUCCUGUUUACUUCGUGUCACUUCCUGUUGA